AAAAAGGUAAAAAAAAGUCAAAAGCCAUGCAGACCCUUUUAAUACCCCUAAGUUCCCUAGAAGUAGCUUUCUUCCUCCCCUGAGAGCGCACACCUGUUCAGAGCCCAGGCAGUGCAGGAUUGUGUCAUGCAAGAAGAAUGUUUUACUACCAGAUCGACCCAAACCAGGAAGUGACUGUAAAGUCUCUGCACACCUGGACAGCCACGCAACCCCCUGGCAAGUGCUCAUGGCACUGUGUGCAGCAGGAGCCAUGGGGGUACACCUGAUGACUGGAGACAUGCGCUUCCUGAGCUCGUUAGGCCAGCUGUCUUCGAACUCCACCUCUGAGGAGCACCACAUUGGAAAUGGGUCCCUCUCCAAGUCUUGGUACAAUACAAACAAGACUCAGCUCUUAGGAGUUUUGUUGGCAGUCACUGGCAACUUCUUGAUUAGUAUCUCUUUGAAUAUACAGAAAUAUGCUCAUCUCCGAGUGGCGUGCCUGGCAGCUCAAAAGCCUUACUACACAAGCAAGCUAUGGUGGAGUGGAAUUAUCCUCAUGGUAUCUGGAGAGCUGGGAAAUUUUGCAGCUUAUGGAUUUGCACCAGCCACCCUUGUUGCUCCAUUAGGAUGUGUGUCUGUCAUAGGUAGUGCAUUUAUUUCAGUCUUGUUCCUAAAAGAAACCAUGAGGGCUGCUGAUAUAUUGGGUGGAACUCUGACAAUCGUAGGAACAUAUCUGUUGGUAACCUUUGCUCCAAAUAUAACCCAGCAGCUCACAGCAAGAAAAAUACAGAACUACUUAGUUAGCUGGCAGUUCUUGAUCUGUGUGAUCUUGGAAAUAAUAACAUUCUGCAUUCUCCUGUAUUUUUAUAAAAGAAAAGAUGUGAAGCACAUUGUGGUUUUGUUAAUGAUGGUAGCGCUACUUGCAUCAGUGACUGUCGUUUCAGUGAAGGCUGUGGCAGGCAUGAUAGUGCUCUCAGCGAGGGGUAAAAUGCAGCUAACUCACCCCAUUUUUUAUAUCAUGCUUGUCAUAAUGGUUAUAUCUUGUGUCUUCCAAGUCAAGUUCUUGAAUCAAGCAAUGCAGCUCUACAAUGCAACAGUAGUUGUGCCGAUUAAUUUUGUGUUCUUCACCACCAGUGGCAUCAUUGCAGGGGUCAUAUUUUAUCAGGAAUUCCAAGGUGCUGCUUUGCUGAAUGUGUUCAUGUUUCUGUUUGGGUGUCUUCUGUCAUUUCUUGGUGUUUUUGUAAUCACAAGAAAUCAAGAAGCAAAGCACUUACGAAUUCCUUAUAUUGACUGUGGACACAUUCCUGGAAAAAAAAAGAUGGGCAAAAUACAACCAGAUUCAAACAGUUUAUCCUACGGCACUUUGUCUAAUGAAGGCGACAUGGUGAAAACUCAAAACUGAGAGAAGAAAGCACUUUUACAUUCCAGUUCACAAAAUGAACUCUGUUUAUUGAAAUCAUAUUCAUGUCCACUGUUUGCUGCAAAUAUUCUGUGCGUGUCAAGGAACUGUAUGUUGACAAUUCUUAGCAUUAUUUAAGCUUCCUUAACUUAUCCCAGGGCUAGCACAGAUGAGCAAGGAGGGCUUUUGUGCUUAAAGAAAAGCUAGUAAUCAUUCAAAGGAGUUAGAUAUUUUCCUCAUAUAAUACUACUUACUAGUGCUUUGAGACCAGAAUUGUACAAGGCUGUUGCCUAAAGGUGCAGGUACGUGCUUAGAAUUAUGUUUUUUAAACAG